CAAUAGUAGUUGAUUAGGUUACAGGGGUUCCGGAGUUGGGACCAACUCACAACGAGCUGACCAAUGGCUCAGUUUGUCAGGCCGCUAAUCGUCUCGCCGGCGUCCAAAUUGCCUUUCCGGCGCUGCAUAAACUCUCUUGUCGACUCAAAAGUGUUGACUUCUUCCACCGGAGGAUUCAUACACCGUCGGUUCUUUACGGGAACAAGUCCUUCAAUUCUUAUCCACCGGAAGAAUCUCCAUUUGUCUCGAUCCCGCGGUCUACGUCCGGCCGACGCCCCGUUACCGCCCGAACUCAGUCAGAGCGACAACGAAUCGAAUUCUUCAGAUGCAGAACGGAAGAGCCGGAACGAGAAGAAACGACAGGCUCGUCGCUCUUUUCGCUGGGGUAUGGAGCUUGCCGACUUAAACGAUUCUCAAAUUAAACGCAUCCUCAGAGUGGUUUCACUUGAAAAAGAAGUGUUUGAUGCUCUCAUGUUGGUGAAGAGAUUAGGUCGUGAUGUUCGGGAGGGGAAGAGAAGGCAGUUCAGUUAUAUUGGAAGAUUAUUGCGUGAUGUGGAGCCUGAAUUAAUGGAAGGAUUGAUCAAAGCAAUGAAAGACAGUGAUGUUCAAAAGUUUCAGGAGUUAUCUGGUUCAGAUAAAUUAGGUAUCGGAGACGCCAAUGAAGAGGAAGAAGAAAUCACCGAUGAGGAAGAAGAGGAGGAGUCUUGCGAUUACCAUGAUAUAGCAACCAGGUGGUUUGAUGGAUUAGUUAACAAAGACGUCGAUAUCACUAAUGAGAUUUACUCUCUGAAUAGCGUUGACUUUGAUCGUCAAGAGUUACGCAAACUUGUUAGAAGUUUCUGCUCUAUGCAAGAUCGUGUUAAUGCCACAUCAUCAUCAGAGGAUAAUAAAGAAGGAGAAAAAGAUUUUGUAAAAUGUGAGGUUGGAAACCCGAGGCUGAGAAGUAAAGCUUUCUCAAAUAACUCAAGCGAAAAGUCGCUCAUUUUCAUGACAAGUCAUCACGUCGGAAUGGAAAGGAAUGUAAAGUUUAUAGAUGCAUCACCAGUUUCUCAAAAACCAAGUAAUUACAAAGACGAACUUGUUACUGCUUGGAGACGACGCAAAACAAAAUGGAUUAUCGACAAUGAGGUUUCAUAA